GCUUUUAAUCACUCAUCCAUAUAAAAACACCAAGACAAAUAUAUACAUAUAUUAAGAAAAAUGCUUGACACACUUAUAGGUGGGUACGGGCACGGGUUCGGCCGCAAGGAUCACAUAAGCAGUGGUUACGGCUUCGAGGGGCACAAUGAGUUUGUGUCGCAUGAGGACUCAGGAAGUGGCCACUUUGAUCGUCAAUCCCGCUACGACCACCAAAUGAGCCUUCCGGCUAACCACGGCCGUCCACCCAUGGCUCGCAUGCCUCCCUGUGAUGAAGAAUACUCAGACGAUGAUGAGUUCAUUAAGAAAAGCCGUAGCCACCACACUACUGUGUUGUCGCAUCACCAGCAAAAACCCCAUAUGAACUUGGCUCAGCCUCACCACAACAUGGCUAAUGGAUGGCAGGGAAAGCAUGAAGAUGGAUACCAUGGCGGGCACGGGCUGCAGCAGCACGGUGGUCACGGCAUGCAGCAGCACGGUGGUCACGGCAUGCAGCAGCACGGUGCGCACGGGAUGCAGCAGCACGGUGCGCACGGGAUGCAGCAGCACGGUGGGCACGGGAUGCAGCAGCACGGUGGGCACGGGAUGCAGCACCCCGAUGGCCAUGGUGGGCAUGGUGGGCACGGUAUACAGCAGCACGGUGCGCACGGGAUGCAGCAGCACGAUGUGCACGGUAUGCAGCAGCACGGGGCACACGGGAUGAAGCACCAGGACAGGCUUAUGGGUCCUCAGAUUCCACCACAUAAUGUCUACAUGAACCCCAGCCAUGGAAGUGGCAGUGGCCGUACAGUAAUGGUGAAGGCUUCGGAGAACUGGCGAAUGAGCAAGAGCUCUGGCGGCCACCACAAGGUCGGGUGGGGGAGUAAGGGACUCUAACUGCACCACAAUACUCUGCCGGUUCAAAUAAAAAAGUAAUGGUUAUAUAUCCUAAAUAAUAAUUUUAUAAGAUGUAUGUGUGUUAUGUUUCUGUAAUGUACCAAAACCAAAGACUGGACUCUUAAUAAGAAGUGUUUUCGUUUCAUGAA